ACAUGGAUCACAGUGCAGAAGAGGAGGGAGAAGGUGAGGAGGAUGAGGGUGGAGAAGGUGAAGAGGAGGAGAAAGAUGAGGUUGACGAUGAAGAUGGGGACCUGUCUAUGGAAAGUGACUUGGAGGAGCGCCGUCAGGACACCAAGCUUCCCCAUGAGCUCUCCUGGGGCCAACGCAAGCAGCUCUACUACGACACUGACUACGGGAGCGAUGCCCAGGCCAAAGGCAAACGUAGCCAGCAAGAGGUCGAUGCUGAGGAGGAGGAAGAGGAGCAGGAGGCUCAAGUCAUCCAGAGGCGGUUGGUGCAGGACUUAGGGGAAGAUGAUUACGGGCUGGAUGUGAUCCAGGGUUAUCUGGCUGAGCAGCAGAAAACCCACGACAGCAAGGGGCAGAAAAUUGACAAAGAUUUGCAGGCCCUUUCCAAGAAGGAGCAGCUGAAGCUACUGAAGCAGGAGUCCCCUGAGCUCCUGCAGCUGAUUGAGGACUUUGAAGUCAAGCUAAUGGAGCUCAAGGAUGAACUGCACCCGCUGCUGCAAAUGGUCAAAAAUGGCACUAUCCCGCAAGGGAAAGGCAGUCGCUAUUUGCAGACCAAGUAUCAUCUCUACUUGAAUUACUGUGCCAAUAUCAGUUUCUAUUUGGUUUUGAAGUCCAAGAGGAUGCCGGUUCAUAGUCACCCCGUUAUUGAACGGCUCGUUGCUUAUAGAAAUAUAAUCAAUGACCUAGCUGUUAUAGAUCAAAAGUUAUCCUCGCAAGUUCGUAUGCUUUUGAAAAACUAUUAUGAUAAGAAGGAAGAUAAAUUACGGAAGGAGAAGAAGUUUGAGGUGUUUCUCACACUGGAUGUUAAGAAAAACAAACCAAAACGUGCUCCUGUACUUGCUAACGACCGGACUACUGCUGAUGCAGAUGAGUCGGACCUGGAUGAAGAGGCUGCCCUAAAAUACUAUAAGAUGGUGGAGGAGAAGUUGAAACUCAAGAGGAAGAGAACUGAAGACCAAGACACGCUUGAAGAAGAAGCGGUGUUGGAAGGAGAGGAUCCAAAUAAAAAGAGAGGUGUGACCUAUCAGAUGAUCAAGAACAAGGGCCUCACACCCAGAAGGAAGAAGAUUGAUCGCAACCCCAGGGUCAAGCAUCGGGAGAAGUUUCGGCGAGCUAAGAUUCGCCGCAAGGGCCAGGUCCGUGAAGUUCGGAGGGAAUUGCACAGAUAUGCCGGGGAACUCUCUGGCAUUCGCGCGGGAGUUAAGAAAAGCAGGAAGCUUCAAUGAUACUUAUUUUUCUCUGUUUCUGAGAGCUGCGAGUAGCACUACUGAAUCCAAUAAAAAUUUUAUAAAAGACAA